AUGGAAAAUUCAUCCCCAUCGUCCAAACAACAUACUUUCAUUAUAGUGGCUAUCAAUUUCUUUACCAAAUGGGUCGAAGCGAUACUUUUGAAGGAAAUAACUCAAGAAAGCGUGAUCGAUUUUAUCAAAAACCAUAUUAUGUACAGAUUUGGGAUUCCUCAAAUGAUAUUGGUCGAUCAUGAAACUUCACUCAAUGGAGAAAGGGUAAAAAGUUUCUUGGACAAAUUUGGCAUCCAGUUAGUCAAUUCGACUCCUUAUUAUGCUCAGUCAAAUGGGCAGACUGAAUCGUCCAACAAAGCUUUAAAGAAUAUCAUAAGAAAAAUGAUUGAAUAG